ACACAAAUGAGGCCUGUGGGGGUUGUAAAUAAUAAAGGACUAUGGAGUGACAAAGACUGUACUGCGCUUGACUUCUUCUUUUGCCAGACUGACACACAGGACACACUUCAGAACAAGUUUCAGCACAUUAAACAGAGCAUGAACUGGCAUGAUGCUCAAAUUUAUUGCAGAACACACUACGUAGACCUGGCCGCCAUUACAGAUGACACAGAGAACAUGCACAUCGCAAACAUACUUUUUGUCAAUGGCUACUUUGAUAAUUGGUUUGGCCUGCACAAGAAUCCAUGGAUCCCAUGGCUGUGGUCAGAUAAUAGCAGUGUAUUGUUGUCCUCUGUGAAAUGGGAGUCUGGGCAGCCUAAUGUGAACGGAAUCAAGGAUUGUGUGAAAGCCAGUACUGAAGGACUGAUGGCUGAUGACUCCUGCUCGACUCCACUGCCUUUCUACUGCCGUGAACACAGGAGAAUACAGCGUGUGAGAUUCACAGUCAAAUCAGACGGAGAUCUGGACGAAUCUGCAGUGAUGGAGGCCAUAGAGAAGAAGAUGAAGCAGAUCCUCUCGGAUCAAGACAUGGAAAUCACAUCCAGCAUAAAAUGGAGCGUCCAACCUGACGGGAAGAUCUUCCAGCAGCAGAAAACACAAGAAAACACACAAGAGACGCCAUGUGAGGAGUUAGGUCCAAUGAAACGCUAGACUCUGAUACAAGUGAUAACUUGUCCAAACAUUAAUGAAACUUUAACGGGAAGGCAUUCAUAAUAAAUGAUAGAUGUUCAACACCAUCACAUGUAAUUAAUACAGUCAAUGCAUGGUAAAUUAUAAAACAAUGAUGCAAUUUACAUAUAUUACACAUUAAUUAGUUCAGUUUGGUCCUUCAAGAUAUCAGGCAAAAAUUUAGCUUACAUCUAUUAAGUAAAGCAAUUUUUAUUUAAUCUAUGUUUGAUAUGAUGUGCAAUCGAUUAGAAGACUGAACUGACUCAGGAUAACACGCGAGCACAGCGGCGUGCAAUUAAACGCUGAGAUUUGCAAUUUCUAUUAAUGAAAACCCAUCACUUCAAAAAAUAACUUUCUUCCUCAGUACUUUCCUCUUGUUUUCCAGACAAUUAUCUAAAUAUUUUGGUAACACUUUAUGUACCUUAUUUUUUAAUGCAGAAGUAAACCAUUUUCUGUGAAUGUAAGAGACGUCCGGUUCAUUAACCGCUGUAGCGAAAUAAUGAGAAGAAUAACAGUGCAGUAAACGGUAAAAAUGUUUGCACUACAAACCAGUGUGUUUGUAAUUAAAACAAUACAAUAAAGUAAUAUG